AAGCUGGCGAUGAGACGUUGCGCGGAGCGAAGUAAAGUAACGUGGGCGUAUAGGAAUCCUUCAACAGGCCUCAGACUGUCCGUAGGGGUCCAUGGAGAAUUCCGCUAAAGACGACUACAGGAUCCAGUCCUUUGACAUGGAGACUCAGAAGCUGCUCAAGACAGCUCUCAAAGAGCCUGGUGCAGUGGAUCUGGAGAAGGUGUCCAAUGUGAUUGUGGACCAGUCACUGAAGGACCAGGUUUUCAGCAAAGAGGCAGGCCGUAUCUGCUACACCAUAGUCCAGGCUGAAGCCAAGCAGAGCAAUGGCAGCACAUUUAGGCGGAGCCUGCUGAAUCGGCUGCAGCAGGAGUUCAAGGCCCGGGAGGAGACACGGGAGCGCUCCUUGCAGGAGUGGGUGUGCUAUGUCACCUUCAUCUGCAACAUCUUUGACUACCUCAAGGUCAACAACAUGCCCAUGAUGGCCCUGGUGCACCCCGUUUACGACUGCCUGUUCCGGCUGGCUCAGUCCGACUCACUGAAGAAUGAGGAGGAGGUGGACUGUCUGGUCCUACAGCUGCACCGCAUUGGUGACCAGCUGGAGCGCAUGAAUGUGCAGCGCAUGGAUGAGCUGUUCUGUCUGCUGCGGGAUGGCUUCCUGCUGCAUGACGGGCUGAGCUCCAUGGCCCGCCUGCUGCUGCUGGAGAUCCUGGAGUUCCGGGCUGGGGGCUGGAAGCUGAGUGACACGGCGCAGAAGUACUACUACAGCGAAGUGGCUGACUAAGCGGUGGAGUGGGGGCAGGGUGGGGGGAGGGACAACCCAUCCAAUUGAGCAGACAAGGACAAGAAGGGAGGAAGUGGUGGAGGUGUCAUUGAACCACAUGUGCAAAGAGCUGGAAGGCCUGAGGUUUGAAGACCACAAGCAGAGAAAAGAGCCGUGUGCACUGGGGACACUGCUUGGACAGGUUAUACGAGUAGUGCGAUUAUAAGAGUAGGUGUUAAAAAAAGGGUUUAAAUUUGCAAUCAGUUUAUUUAGCUCAGAUUUGUACAUAUACACUGCUCAAAAAAAUUAAGGGAACACUUAAAUCACACAGUGGAUCUCGAACGAAAUAUUCAAGUCGAAAAUCUUCAUUGAUAUACAUUGUGUAAUUCGUUGAGAAGGAGGAGGACAUUGUUGCGCUCAGAUGUAGACUUUAGGACAGGUGCAUAAAAACCAGUUCUAGAAAAAUGAAGUAGAAAAGGUUUGCACUCUGAGUAACUGAAAGAAAGGAGCUACUUUUAUUAAUAAAUACAGAUAACAGAGCCCUCUGGCUUUUCUCAGUGCUCAUGAGAGGUCAUUUUGUAGGGCUCUGGCAGUGCUCCUCCUGUUCCUCCUCGCACAAAGGAGCAGAUACCGGUCCUGCUGCUGGGUUGUUGCCCUUCUAUGACCCUGUCCAGCUUUCCUCAUGUAACCAUCUCCUGGUAUCUCCUCCACACUCUGGAAACUAUGCUGGGAGAUAUAGCAAACCUUCUUGCAAUGGCACGUAUGGAUGUGCCAUCCUGGAGGAGCUGGACUACCUGUGCAACCUGAAUGGGCUGCAGGUACCGCCUCAUGCUAUCAGGAGUGACAAGAGCACUAGCAAAAUGCAAAACUUGAGAAAAAUCAGUCAGGAAGGAUCAGGAGAGAGAAAUGGUCUGUGGCCACCACCUGCAAAACCAUUCCCUUUUUGGGGGUUGUCUUGCUGUUGCCUCUCCUGUCCACCUGUUGCUUUCAUUUGCACCGAAGCAGGUGAAUUGGAUUCACAAUCACUUACGCUUCCUAACUGGACAGAUCAAUAUCCCAGAAGUUUAAUUGACUGGGUGUUAUACUGUGAUGAUUGAGUGUUCCCUUAAUUUUUUGAGCAAUAUAUAUGACUGAGGUUAGAUCAGAGUUUUUGGUUUGGAAGUGGAAUUUGUCAUUCCACUUCAGGAGGUGUGAUGGGUGGGAUAUGCAGUUUUAAGUAGAGAUGCAAAGGAGUUCAGUUGAUAAAAUCACUCAAUAUCGCAUUCCAGAACUGCACGCUUGCCUCAAAGUAUUCAUACAGGACUGCUGUAGCAGCUCGGAAAACACGUGGAAGAGAUUGAUGUGUUUGAUUUUGUAGAAAUGAGUGUGGUGAUCGGGGGUCAGGCUGCCUCUGCUGUGUUAAUGCUUUUAAGAUAUCAGAUUUCCACAAAUGUUCUUAGCCUCCUUUGAAACGCCGCAUCAUCAUUUGUUCUGUUGAAGGGGGUGUGUGGAAGUGUUCAUUCAAUUUAAAUAACUUCAGUAGCCAGAAGGUGUGUGUUAAAGACACGCAACCUAAGCACAAGCUGAGCCCCAUGGCCUGGGUUUGAUCCCAGCUGCAUCAUCAGCCGAUGAUGCCCGGGACCCAGAGUGGCAGAGCAGAUCAGCUUUGGUCUGCCUAGGAUAGGCUUGGGUGUGUCGGCCAGUGUCCUCUCAUCUCACUACCCUCAGGCUGCAAUUCAUUGCUUGGAUGACAUCAGAGUAGUGCAUGUUCUCCAGUCAGCGCCCACUCUGCUUUAGUGUUUUGUGUGAUUUGCAGUGUGAAAGGUAACUGCCUGUGUCUGUAGGCAUAUCGAAGGGUUACAUUCGAGGUUGUCAGGUUGAGACAAGCUGAGUAUGUAAUCAGAGAUUCAAAAAUAGGGUUGCAUAUGGGGGAAAAAACUCCACAUUUUUACUUAGUGCUUAUUCUGCCCUCUUUUUGAUAGCAUCAAUACAAUGGAUAUUCUAUCAAGUGUUUUGCCUUUUAAGAUAUGUACUGAGAGAAUCAACACCAUGAACAUCCUAAAUGCCCAUUUUAAUAGAGUCGUGUUGUUAGAUUAUUAUAUCUUUUACUGUAGUUAUUAUUGGUGUAAUGAGGCAAUAACCUAGUUGAAAUGUAGUGAGAAACAAAGUCAGUGAUACUGGUGCAACCACAUAUAGGCAGUCUCUGCGUUUAUGACAGGGCUUUCCUGGAAACCCCAUUGUUAAGCAGAGCAUCAGGAAUUCCUGUAUAUGCAUUUUUCCAUAAAGUAAGGCAAACUCUAAGUGAAAUUGUCAGAUAUUCUUGAGAUAUUAAUACUAUAUAAGUAUUUGAGCAUUUAUUCCUGCACAUGAGAUACAGUAUAAAAAUUCAGUAUUGUGACAAUUUGUUGGAAUUUGAAAUGAAUGUGCCCUAAAAUAGUUGGCAGUAGCAUUUUUCCAGACGUCCUCAACACAGUCUGUUUGCGAACCAGUUGGCAGUGAAAUGGUACCCGCCUUUGUGUUGUUCACCUUAAUGAGUUUUAUUCUCAGUCUCAUCUAACCGCUGAUCUGAUGCUCAUAUGUGACUGUUCCUGCUCCAGUUUUUUGCAGUAGCUGCAGUGGUGCUGUGGAACUUUGUAAUGGCAGUGAGCGUUAACCAAGAACCCUCCAGCAGCGUCUUAUGGCAUUGUGCUUUUCAUCCAAAGCAGUUCAUCCAGGGCUUGAAACAUCAUCUGGUGCUACAAAUAGGGAAAAGUAUGUUCUAAUAUCCUGCUGUGAGCUUUCAAGGAUUAAGACUAGUUUUCACAAUCAUAGUUUAUAAAAGCCCGUAAAAUGGAUUCUUUUAAUUCAUAAAAGCAGAACACAAAACUCAGUCUCAUAUGCGAGGGGUAAGCUCCUUUCUAGUUUUAGGAAUGUCAGGUUUUCAAGUGUGUGUUCAAGGAAAGGCAUUGUGCAACAUGGAAUCUGAAUACUGACACCUGAGUGGCUGGAUCGUCUUCCAUUCAGAAAAUUGCAGAGCUUUGGACGGACUGACCAAUAAGGAUGUUCCCUAAUGGGGUGUAGGUGGAACAUGAUUUGUUGUAUAGUGCAUAUUUAUUGUACUUUUAAAAAAUUUUGUAAAAGUAAUAAAGUAACUCACAUUUUGCC